CAGCACGGAUGUUCAUACAAAAUAAUGCCCUGGGUUUCAUGAAGCUAGCUGUUGCCAUCGGUGUGUGCUAGCCAGGCGAUUUUUACGGGUACUGUUACAAUGGGUUCCAAAAGGCGACGGGCCACCUCUCCCUCCAGCAGUGUGAGUGGCGGAGAUCUGGAUGAGUCCACCUCGUCCACCCCAGGCAGCGGGUACAAGCGGAGGAGAGCCGCCGCCAGUGGUCCGGGGAUGGAUCAGAUGUCAGUGUGCCAAGAUCUGUACAACACUGUCCGAGACUACAAGGACGAGCAUGGCCAGCUGCUGUGUGAACCAUUCAUCCGAGCUCCCAAGAGAAGGAAUCAGCCAGACUACUAUGAGGUGGUGACGCAGCCCAUCGAUCUGACCAAAAUGCAGCAGAAGAUCCGCACUGAAGAGUACCAGGAUGUAGACCAGCUGACCUCCGACUUCCAGCUCAUGAUCAGCAACUCAAAGGCCUACUACCCGCGGGACAGUUCUGAGUACAGCGCUGCGUGUCGUCUGUGGGAGUUCUUCCUGAACACGCGGAGUACACUCCUGGGGGAGCAGGACGACGACGACGACGGAGAUGGAGAUGGAGAUGGAGACGGGGAUGAGGAUGAUGAGGAUGAUGACGACGAUGACGAAGAGGAGGAUGACACAGCUGAGAACCCUGGCACCUCUGCUGAGGACGAGAUGGCGCCCUCUGGUGGCAGCCUGAAGGAGGUGCUGGAGACCCUACUGGAGGCUGUGGUGUCCUACACAGACCCCGCAGGACGCACCAUCAGCGAACUCUUCCAGAAGCUACCUUCCAAACUGCAAUAUCCAGACUACUAUGCCAUAAUCAAGGAUCCAAUUGACCUGCGUGCCAUUGCUCAGAAGAUACAGCUGGGUUAUUACAAAAGUGUUAACGCCAUGGGAAAGGACGUUGAUCUUUUGGCGAAAAAUGCCAAAACCUACAAUGAGCCAGGGUCCCAAGUCUUCAAGGAUGCAACUGCCAUCAAGAAAAUCUUCGCUCAGAGAAAGACCGAACUGGAGCAAGCCGAGCCAACAAAGACAAGUGUUCGCAUAAGGAACCGCAGGUCAGCUCAGGGAGACCGUCUAUCGGCCAUCACCAUGGCUCUGCAGGGAGGCUCCGAGAGCGACGAGGACUCCACGACCGCAGGCUCGGUGCGGUACGACGCCAGCGAGGCGGAGGCCGAGAGUGGGCAGUCGCGUAUCUCCUCUGGGGACCCGGUCUUCCUGCUGUACCAGGCCAUCCGCGGGGCCCGCAACCCCCAGGGGCAGCUGCUGGCCGAGCCCUUCCUCACCCUGCCCUCACGCCGAGAGUACCCCGACUACUACCAGCAGAUCAAGCAGCCCAUCUCCCUGCAGCAGAUCAGGGAGAAGAUGAAGAACGGGGAGUAUGAGGGUACUGAGCAGAUGGACGCGGACCUGAGCCUGAUGUUCGAGAACGCCAAGCGCUACAACGUGCCCAACUCUAGCAUCUACAAACGAGCUCAGAGACUCCAGCAGAUCCUUCAGAUGAAGAGGAGGGAUGUGCGUGAUGAGGACGGGGACAGCAUGAUGUCCACGCCACCAGACACCGGCAGCGCCAAGAGGAAAAGCCAUAAGAAGAACACCAAGAAGAACCGCAUGAAGGCCCUGUUCGUGGCCGUGACGGAGGUCCGGGAGGCGGGUACGGGCCGGCGCCUAUGCGACCUCUUCAUGGUCAAGCCGUCCAAGAAGGACUACCCGGACUACUACAAGGUGAUCGGCCAGCCCAUGGACCUGCGCACCAUCGAGCACAACAUCCGCGCCGAGCGCUACGCCAACGAGGAUCUGCUCAUGGAGGACAUGCGGCUCAUGUUCCGCAACGCGCGGCACUACAACGAGGAGGGAUCCCAGGUCUACAAUGAUGCAGAUGUUCUGGAGAAGAUCGUAAAGGAGAAGAAGAAGGAGCUGGGGCCUGUCCCUGAGGAUGAUGACAUGGGCUCUCCCAAACUCAAACUGCGCAGGAGUGCCGGCGGCGCCUCCCCCAAGAAGCCCCGUGCCCCCCACGCCCCCCACACCACCCCGCUGCAGCAGCGGCUGUCCGACCUCUACGAGGCGGUGCGCAGCUUCACGGACGCCCGCGGCCGACGCCUCAGCACCGUCUUCCUGCGCCUGCCGUCGCGAGCCGAGCUGCCCGACUACUAUGCGGCCAUCAAGCGACCCAUGGACAUGGAGCGCAUCCGAUCGCACAUCGCCGGCGGGCGCUACCAAGAGGUGGAUGCGCUGGCCGAGGACUUUGCUCUGAUGUUCCACAACGCCUGCACCUACAACGAGCCGGAGUCGCUGAUCUACCGCGACGCCCUGCUGCUGCACCGCGAACUGCUGGGGACACGCCGCCGCCUGGAGGAGGAGGACGAGCGGCUGGGUGAGGAAGGCCUGGGCGGUGGAUCCAGAGCCACGGCAGCCCCCCUGGUGCGAGAGCUGCUGCGGAGCCUCUUCACGUCCGUCAUGGCUCACCAGGACGACGAGGGCCGUUGCUACAGCGACUCGCUGGCCGAGGUUCCGGCUGCGGACCCGUCGCGGCCAGAGGAGCCGCCCCUGAGCCUGGAGAUGGUGCGGGCCAACGUGGAGCGCGGGCGCUACCGGCGGCUGGACGUGCUGCAGGAGCACGUGUUCGAGGUGCUGGAGAAGGCACGGCGCAUCAACAGGACCGACUCUGAGAUCUUCGAGGACUCGGUGGAGCUGCAGCAGUUCUUUGUGAAGAUGCGCGACGAGCUGUGCAAGAACGGAGAGAUCCUCAUGUCACCGGCCCUCAGCUACUCCGCCAAGCACCUCCACAACGACGUGGAGCAGGAGAAGAGGGAGAAGCUGCCCCGGGAGAUGGAGGAGGACCGGCUGAAGAAGGAGGAGGAGGGCGAGAAAGAGGAGGAGAAGGUGGCGGUGCUGGCGGGUCCCCGCAGCUCAUACAGUCAGGACUGCAGCUUUGCCAACAGCACCUACAGCGUGGGGGACUACGUCUACGUGCAGCCGGCCGAGGCCAACCUGCAGCCGCACAUCGUCUGCAUCGACAAGCUGUGGCAGGACGAGGCCGGAGAGAAGUGGCUGUAUGGCUGCUGGUUUUACAGGCCCGGCGAGACCUUCCACCUGGCCACGCGCAAGUUCCUGGAGAAGGAGGUCUUCAAGAGCGACUACUGCAACCGCGUGCCCGUCAGCAAGAUACUGGGCAAGUGCAUGGUGGUGCCCGUCAAGGACUACUUCAAGCUUCAGCCGGAGGGGUUCAGACCGGAGGACGUGUUUGUGUGCGAGUCCCGCUACAACACCAAGACCAAGUCCUUCAAGAAGAUCAAGAUGUGGCCCAUGCCAGCCAGCACGGCGAGGAUGGUGCCCCGCGAGGCGGCGUUGCCCGUGGUCCGCGUGGCAUCCAUGUUCGUCAGCGCGUCCAAGCGCAGCCAGGACAAGCUGGCGGAAACCAUCGAAAAUGGAGUCGGUGGAUUCAUAGAGAAGGAGCGGGAGGACGUUCCCGUGGAGAUGGCCAAUGGGGACGCAGGCUGCCAGUAUUUUGACCAGCUGCGUGUCAAUAACCUGUGGCUGAAGGUCGGGGACUGUGUCUUCCUGCGGGCACAUGGGUUGCCGCGACCCAGAAUUGGAAGGAUUGAGAAGAUGUGGGUGCAAAAUGGAGCCGGGUUCUUCUUCGGACCUGUCUUCAUUUUCCCUGCGGAGACCGAGCACGAACCCACCAAGAUGUUCUACAAGAGAGAGGUCUUCCUCAACAGCCUGGAAGAAACCAUCCCCAUGGGCUGCAUCACAGGCAAGUGCGUGGUGUCCUCUUUCAAGGACUUCCUGUCGUGCCGGCCCACGGAGUACGCGGAGGAAGAGGUGCUGGUGUGCGAGAGCCGCUACAUCGCUAGCGAGCGGCAGAUGAAGAAGUUCAAGGGCCUCAAGCGCUUCUCCCUCUCCGCCAAGGUGGUGGAGGACGAGCUCUACUACUUCAGGAAGCCGAUCGUGCCUCAGAAGGAGCCGUCGCCGCUGCUGGACAAGAAGAUCGAGGAGCUGGAGGCCAAAUUUGCCGACAUGGACGACGCGGACGAGGAGCUGGACGACAUGGACGACGAGGAGGAGGAGGAGGCGCCCGCCACUCCCUCCAUGCCCCAGAUGCACGCCUCCACCCCCAGCGACAUAGACAUGCCCUACACGCCUCCUCAGGUACAGUCGACGCCGAAGAUGAAGGGUCUGUCGAAGAAGGAGGGGGCGAAGAGGAAGAUCAACAUGAGCGGCUACAUCCUGUUCAGCAGCGAGAUGCGCGCCGUCAUCAAGGCCCGCCACCCGGACUUCUCCUUCGGGGAGCUGAGCCGAUUGGUGGGGACCGAGUGGAGGACCCUGGAGGCCACCAAGAAGGCCCAGUACGAAGAGAGAGCAGCCAAGCUGGUGGAGCAGCAGGAGCGUGAGAGGGCAGCGCAGGAGGCAGCGGCAGCAGCGGCGGCGGCGGCGGCGACCCCAAGAGAAGGUACCCCUGUUGGAGCUCUGGGGGUAGUGCCUCCCCCUACAGCCAUGGGCAUGAUAAACCAGGCCAUGCCACCCAUGCCAGGCAUGAUGGGACAUUACGGGCCGCCCUUCAUGCAAAUGCAGGGCCCUCCCCACGAGGGCAUGAUGGGCAUGGGCGCUGUGCCACCUCAUCACCCCAUGGGGGUGCCCAUGCCGCUGCCGCACCACCAGUACCCGAUGCCACCGGGUAUGCCCGCCGGUUACCCUGGCAUGCCACACAUGGGUGCGAUGCCCCCAGGAAUGAACGGCAGUCCGGGCCCGGCUAACCAUUACCCCAUGCAGAUGGGUGGCUUCCCCGCGGGUCACCAGCCCCCCCCUCCGUACCCGGGCCAGGGCCAGCCGGGCCACCCCGCCCACCAGCAGCCCAGCCAGCCCAUCUUCGUGGCGCCACCGCCCAAGCCCCAGCGCCUGCUCCACUCCGAGGCCUACCUCAAGUACAUCGAGGGGCUGCGCGCCGACUCCGCCACCGUCAGCAAGUGGGACCACGCUCUCAAAACCAAUAGAAGAGAAGCACGUAUGACUAAAGAGCAGGAGAGCAGGCUGCCAGCCCAUUGGCUGAAGAGCAAAGGGGCGCAUACCACCAUGGCCGAUGCUCUGUGGAGACUGCGAGACAUGAUGCUACGGGACACGCUGAACAUCCGCCAGGCGUACAACCUCUAGAGCCCCCCCGGUGCAUCAAGGGUGCAUCAAACGCCCCAACGUCUGAAAAGCCUGCUCUGCUUUUGCGAAAUAUUUCCUUUGGAUUAACAUAACGCCCGUGUAAAAUCUUAGUCAAUUUGGUUAAUGUUAAUUAAGGGUGGCACAAUAUGCUUGAAAUUUUGAAUGGCAGUGGAUGGGCUAUUUUAACAAAAAUCCUUGAAAAGUGUGUUUUUACACUAUUUUGGUCAAAACUAGUAAAGAGGGUCAUUUGGAAUAAUGCUCCAGUUCAAUUUGCACUUUCCCAGAUUUGAAAUUCUCGGUGCCUGUUUUUAGAGCCUUCCUUCAGGAAGGCUUUAGGCCUAAUUUGCUAAUCUUUUCGCCACGUUCAAACACCCAUGUAUCCAUUAUUUAGCCAUUUUGGGGUUUUUUUAUGUCUUGGGGAAGUGGAAAGACAACUGGAGCAUUCUUCCAAAUGACUGUCCUUACUGUUUAUGAUCAAAACGGCUUCAAAGUACCCUUUGCACAGAUUUGGUUAAAAAUGCCCAUUCACUACCAUUCAAAAUUUCAAGCCUAUUGUGGCACCCUUUAACAACAAUCAAGUUUUCUAGAAAUUGACAAGGGAGUUAUGAUGGUGCAAAGGAACAAUACUGCAAGAGCAGAGUGGGAUAUUCCAAAGUUUUCAUUUUCGAGGGGCGUUUGAUGCACCCUAUUGAUGACUCUCGUGGCCCCACCAGUAACAUGGCACUGGGAAGCUGCGGUCUUCAGUUUUAAGCUUGAAAUACCUGAUGACAAAGUUUUUUGAUGCUAUUUGUGUUUAGUAUGUUACUAUUGGACAGGACAACUAAGAUAAUGUUGCAGCAAUGUGUGGUAUUUGUAAUAGUAUGUAAUAAUGCAUUAUAUCCUCAGACCCGUGAGGGAUUUGUAGUUUCACAGCUAUCAGAGAAGUAUUUAAGUAUGUUCACACAGCAAGACACUGGAAAUAAUGUUUACUUCGCUCCACACCUUGGCAAUCACGCCUGUGCUCUUUGACACGCUGAGGUCUCAGAGCAGGGGUGGAGCUAUAGGGAGGGCGAGCAGGGCACUUGCCCCUGGGCCCAGGGCCCUCCCGUAUUGGUGGUGGGGGCCCUAUUGUGAGAUUGGCAAGCUGUAUAGGGGGCCCUAUAAGUGUCUUGCCCUGGGGCCCUGUGUGCAGCUGUUCCGCCACUGUCUCAGAGAGAGAGAGAGAGAGAGAGAGAGAGAGAGAGAGAGCCUUAGUCUGCUUCCACACUAAAAGGAAAAUAAUGAAAUCACAGAAAGAUGUGCGUGCACUUGUUGCUACUGAUGAGGUCCGUAGUUCUCAGCUUCAGUGUUUGUUUCCGGCUCAGGUUAUGAAAUAUUUAAUGCUUUAGAAUAAUGGUGUGUUCUAGAAUAAUAUAGGGUUCCUGUAGGAACCUCAAGUUGGUUCUCUUCUCUUGCCACUUCCCGCCUAUAAAGGGCCCCCAGAUGGAACUCUGUCUGUUAAGGAUUAUUGAAGUACCCUCCAAGGUAUAUUUUUUAUUCAGUGAUUUUAUAUAAAUAUAAGCCCAGUUUUUUUCUCCUCUGUUAUAUAUUUUUGCAUAAUGUGUGCUGAAAACAAACGUGUGAUAAUGUGCAUUAAAAAUCUUUAAAAUGAA